CCGGCGGCCAUGUCGGAGCUGGCGCGCGAGGAGCUGUCGGCGCUCGCCGCCAUCUACUGCGAGCCGGGCGGCUGCGAGCUGCUGGCGGCCUCAGAGACGCAUGGAAUCUCAUUUAGAAUUCAAAUCACUGUGAAAGAACUGCUGGAUACAGAUGUACUUUUAAAGUUGUUAUUUCAUUUACCAGUCAGUUAUCCAUCAACUGUACCAGAUAUUUCUGUUAACUCAGACCAGCUUACAAGGGCCCAAUGUAUGGACGUGAAAGAUAAAUUACUUGAACAAGCAAAGAAGCAUCUUUCUGAACCCAUGGUACAUGAUCUGAUUCUUUGGAUACAGCAGCAUCUUAAAGAUGUCAUUAAGGAAUCAGCAACAGUUUGCAGUGAAAAAACUACUUCGUCAAAAGGAACAAGUGCAGAAGAUGGUAUCUGGAUGCUCCUUUUGCAUUUAGAUCACAUGAGAGCAAAGGCAAAAUACGUGAAAACUGUGGAAAAAUGGGCUUCAGAUCUAAGGCUGACUGGAAGACUGAUGUUCAUGGGCAAGAUAAUAUUGAUUCUUCUUCAGGGUGACAGGAGCAGCAUUAAGGACUAUUUGAUUCUUCAGAAAACUUGUAAGGUAGAUGUGGACUCAAGCGGAAAGAAAUGCAAAGAGAAAAUGAUGAGUGUACUGUGUGAGACAGAAGUACAAUCACAGCAUAAAAGGUUUCAGACAUUUGAAGUCAAAGAAUACUCAACACUGAAGGAGUUACAAAAGGAAUUUGAAACUGCAGGACUUAAAACUCUUUUCUCUGAGUUUGUGCCUCCUCUCUUAAAAUAAAAUUAAAAGAAAACAUGGGACCUUUGACCAAGGCAGUAGUUGACUACAGAUGCUGAUGGAAGAUAAAAGGACUAAUGUGGCAAAUGUUAAAGCUUUUCUGCAAAAAGUGCCAGAAGUAGUCAUCCUCUUGCAAGAAGAAGGCAAUUCAUACAUUAAGACUGUUUUGCAGUCCCUGUUUUUCAAUGUUUUGUUUCUUCUCUCUCAUGGCAGAGUUUGUUGAUAAUGGUCUGCUAGAAAGCAUGAUUAAUUUUGCUUUGGGAGAUUAUAUGAAGAUAUUUCUGUAUAAAAACAUAGCAAACACAGAUUUCAAUAUGUGAGGACAGCAUAUACUUAAUAUUCCUUAGGAGUUCAUUUGCUAACUUUUCAUUCUCCAUUUAAUUGACUAUAAAUGCUAGACUAUUGAUUUGAAGAAAAAGCUCGUGUUCCUUUGGCCCUGAAAAAACUUAAAGUGUCUUUUUGAAUGUUAGUUUUAAUUCUAAAAUGAAUAAAACCACCUAACUGGAGAAUUUAAAUUCAUUAAAAAGCUAAGGUAAAGCCAAUGGUAAUAUUUGCUUUGAUAGUUUACAGAUUUCUUUUUGCAUUUUAUCUGGUUUUACUGUCUGUGCAUCUUUAUAUAUCUUGAUUCAAUUAAACUGUCAGAGCAGCAUAUAUACAGACUUCUGUCUCUCAAGACUUUGGUCAAGUUUUCUGGUUUGGUGUUUUUGUUUGUUUGGUUUGGUUUUGUUUUGUUUUUGAUUGGUCAGUGGCCUUGGCCAGCUUAUAGUUGUGGUUUUUUUUUAGUCAGUCUGUGUUUUACAUUUACAUUAGUAUAAUGUUACAAAUUAUAUACAUAAUUUUAUAAACUUUACAAGUUGUGCAAGUUCUGUUUGCCUAGGGAGAAUUGGAUACUUAUUUCUUAAAAUUAUUAAUGUCCCUUGGUUUCUGUUUUACCUGAAACCAUUCUCUAGUCAGGCUAGAUAAAUUAUCCAGUAAUAAAAAUUUUGCAGUCAUGAAUUUCUCAGUAACUAGCAAUGUCAUUUUGGUUGGUUUUAGCAUGUACCUAAACAUGUGCUUUACUGCUCUCUAAAACUCACUCCUAGAAACGAACUGUCUCAUGUAUUCUUUGUAAACUAAACAGAUUUGAUAAAUUCAGUAUAAAUUAAUUUAUCUCCAUUGUACUGGGAGAAGAUCAGGACACUUUGGUUAGUUUCUGUCCUGGAAAAUUAUUAUGUAAGAUAUGAUUUCCAGUUUCAUACUCAGACUAUGAAAUCAUUCCUCUUUCUUUAUAUAUUCUAGAAAAGUAAACUCGUAAGACUUUUAGGUUUUACUUUUUUUAGGGGUUUUUUUGAGAUAUCAGAUGCAUAAGGGGUUGUAGACGAUUAGAGAGUUUCUGAAGUUUCUAAGGAGUUUGGUAAUUUUCUUAAUAGAGAGUGUCUCAAAUAUGUAUGUUGCAUGUUAUUUUGUGCACUGAUGCUUAUUUAAUGACAUAGUAGCAAAAGUUCUUAAUGAGUCUUUCAUGUUUAGCACAUGUAAUACUUCAGGCACAGUAGAAAACAGGUUUUACAAAUCUGUUUUAUAUUAUUUUGAAAUGGCUUCCUGAGAGAUAGGAAUCUAAUUUUCCAUCAUUUUAAAUGCAUAUGAAGAUGAAUUCUUACUGUUAUAAAGAAGAAUGAAACAGAAGUCUCUUUAAAAUAUUAAAAUAGCAUAUAUUUUAAAUUAUAGUUUCAAGAAUUGAGCUGUUCUCAGGUAAAAUAGCUAUGUUGAAAAACUCUGUGUCAGCGGAGUAUAGUCUUGAAAAGAUGCCAGGGGUCUUUCCUUAUGCUAUGUGGAUCUGACAAGUAUCAAAUCCAAGAAAAGGCCUAUGCAUGUACAAUACAAAAACAUAAUCAGUAUCUCUCUGCAAAACUAAAUGUUGUAAGAUUUUGCCAGAUGGAUUUCAUGUCCUCAGCCAAAUCUUUACUUUAAAACCCUCCAAAUUUCUGGAACAAGAAUAGUAAGGUACUUUAGUACAACCCAUAUCACAAUAUUUUGCCAUUAAAAUCUGCCUGAGGCCAUAUGCAACAUGCAUAUAAAUCUGUUGUAUAUGCUUUCUGUUGAUUUUGGGAAUAAGGUUGAAUAGCAUACCUACUCAUGUGAUCUCAAAUUGCAUGUGACUUAAAAAAUAAUUGAGGCAUAAGUUGUGGUCAUCUUUCUUGCAAGAUUAGAUGCAGACCCACUAAUUCUUUUCUCCCUACAGAAAAGUGACUGUAAUUAGCUGCACGAGAAAAGCUAUUUGUAGGGUCAGUGGUUGCCAGUUUCACUUGAAUAUAAACUGAUGUAUUUUCUUGAGUUUUAUUGCCUGAUGCCUUCUUGGUCAACUGUUUGGCCGGAGCUGGCAUUCUGAAACAGCUAAUUAAAAAAACAGAUAAAAAGAGCAAAUGAGAAUUGGGUAAGUUGCAGCUCUCUUCUAAUCUGCGCUCAUCUUUCUGCCAAAUGAAGUUGUAAGAAGCUAGAUGAUUUCUGUGUUUCAGGAGUUGUAAAAUGCAGUUUAUACAAUGGAUUUUUACCAUAGUUAAAUUUGUUACUCACUAGCUUACAUUGGACAAAUCCACAAGUUCGGUGUAGGAAGGGACUGCAGGUUUUUUGGUUGGUUUGAUGUGCUUCAGGAGAAUUACAAAUCUGAUCAGCUUGAUACUGUUCAGACAGCAGAGAACAUGAAAACUGAUGUCAGUCUGAUUCUGUUAAAGCAAAUGCUUUUGCCUACCCAUCAGUCAGUCACUUAUUUUGAAGGGUAGGAGGAUAUCUUCUGUUCACAUGAGUAAACAAUGUUUUUCAAGGCUGUUCUUUUGGAAGGAUGUUGCAGCUGUCUGUUAACUGAUGGUUUGUUUGCAUUUAUUGUAAAAAGAGAUGGGCAAGCCUGUGAGCCCCUGGGGCACAAAAGUCGUCAAAAUAGGUAGUGUGGUGCAUGUUCUGCCCUCCAAGGGAACUGAAGCAGACACAGAAGAACAACAAAACAUGCAGAUACAGAAAAACAAAAUGCAGGGAAAAGUCAAAACUCUUGAGCAUUGUUAAAGAAUGCCUAUCAGAGUUUAAAAAGUUUGUGAAGUGUAUGUAACUAUCAGAAUCUGACAAUUCAGUUGCAAGGAAGAAGAAAUCCACAAAUCAAAAAUGAUUUAACAAAUAAGAAGCUAGAUUUCUUGUGGAUAUUAUAAGUAGUUCUUCAAAAUACAUGGUUAGUAAAGCCUUGUUUCUGGUGGCCUAUCUCGUUUCUAAACAAUAGCACACAUGAAGCCUUCCCUGCAGAAGAUACAUUCCUGAUGGUAUUCUCCCAGGUGGGUUCCCCAGUGCCUGAUGUUGACUGUGCAUAAAUUGAUUAUUGUUUACAUAAAUCUUUAGAGUAUGAAUAGCUUUUCUUCACCUGUUACCUUGUUCAUCAAAGUUGUAGGUACUUGGUUUCUUUCAGGUUGUUAAUCUCUCAUUUUAAUUGAAAUGAGUUAAAUUAAAAAGUUCUGGGAGAACUUCAUAGUAUAAACAUGCAUGCUUCUGUACAGACAGCACAGAUAUGUAACCAUAGUUUCCUUUGAAAAUCAGGCUAAAAUGAAAGAUGUUGCAAUAGGAUUGACAACUUGAAGAAUCAAGUUUUUAGGACAAAAGUGAGGUUUGUUUGGUCUUUUUGAAUACUUUGGCGUAUUAAGUGUAAAGAAAACAAAAAAUGGGUUAAGAAAACAAAAAAUGGGUUAAGAAAACAAAAAAUGGGUUAAGAAAACAAAAAAUGGGUUAAGAAAACAAGAAAGAUCUAGAGGAGGGAAGUAACUUUAAUGGAGGACAUCAUCAGUAUUAGGAAUUCACCUGCUUUUCAUAUUUAGUCUCAUUAAUUUCUGCAACACCCCCGACUCUGAUUUGUUAUUUGAUGUUGGAGGAAGGACAGGACACUGUAAGAACUCAUAUACGAAAAUCCUUGGCAUAAUCAAUUAAAAAUAAUUGAAAGUAGAUUUGAUUGUUUUGUGAAUAAGGCUGAUUUUUGCAGGUUUGUGGUUCUGUCUCAUUUUCCUAUAAUAAGAUCAUUUGUCUCUUAUUUCUGACCUACAAAACUCAGAUUAGUAUAAAUUAUAUGCAGAAGUACUGUAAUGAGCAUAAAGAAACUUCAUAGAGGAAAAAAUAUUUUGUUUAUGAUGUCUCCUUUAAAAAUAGUUUAAUAAACCCUGCAUAUGGGUGAUUUAAAACUGAGUGUCCCUUGAUUUGUUAAGCUUUAUCUGUGAAAAUACAAACAUAAUCAUGUUAUAGUACAUCUGAAAUAAGAUGAUGAAAGGUUGCACUCACUGUAUUUCUGCCAAAGUUUGAAACUGAAAUUGCUUAUAUUAUGAAAUAGUGCAAUUGCUGGAAUCAACUUUCAUAUAUCUUAUAGUAGUAUUAAGCAUUAUCAUCCUGUCUUUUAGUGCAUAACACAUGCAACACUGGCAGCACUCUGUCUGGCUUUAUAUUUUCUAUGUGUACAUAUUUUUAUGUUAUCUUAUGCAAGAGUUAUGAUUAUUUAUAUUAGUUAUAGACAUAAAUGGAACUUGAAAUGUGAAUAUGGUAAUGCCAUUUUGCAGCUGUUGUUCUGUGCCGCGUUCAUGUAUUGGCUUUUGUAUUAGUUUGUGUUGUCUAACUUCAAAGUAUUAACCCACAGUGAAGAGAACUCUUCAGAAUGACAGAAAAAUUUGCCUAGAAGACAUUCAUUUAAGGAAUUCUUUGGACUCUAAAAAUGAAUACCUUAAUACUUCCAGUUAAUUAUGCAUUCAGAUACUUUAAUUUUAUGCUAAUAAGGUAACAACUGCUGCACUUCUUAUUUUCUUUGUGUUUCUUAAUGUAAUACAUGUUAUCUAUUUGUAUCUUGCAUUAGAACAUAGCUGAUCAUGAAAUUGGAGUCAAUGUUUUAUUAGUAUUUCCCAUUGUAAAUGUCUGUGAUUCAUUAUAUGUAUGCAUUGUUAUCUAUUAUAACAUGAAUGCAAAGAGCUAUUUUAGGAUGAAACUUGAUACAAAAGAUCUCUGCAUGAGAACAAUAA